AUGAAAGAAUCGUCCAACACAAACAUCAGUCAAUUAUACCGAGGUCAAGUGAUAUCGAAAGAUGAACUUGAUCGCAUUCGUUCAAGUAUUGGCGAAUUCAUCUCGAUAAACUCCUUUCUCUCCACAACUCGUAGUCAGAAGAAGGCACUUCGGUUUGCUCUAAGUACUCAGUGUGAAAAUCUUGAACGUGUACUCUUCAAAAUUAAAGUCGACAGUCGAAUAAAAGUAAAACCAUUUGCCGAUAUUUCCCGACUGAGUUAUUUCCCUGGUGAGGAAGAGAUCUUGCUUAUGCUCGGUUCGAUCUUUCGACUUGAAAGUGUUCACUAUGAAGACGAACAGCAGAUAUGGGUGGCUGAUUUAGACUUAUGCGACGAAGAUGACCAUGAUUUGAAACAAGUAUUUGACCAUAUGAAGAAAGAGAUGGGGAGUGAAACUACUCUCAUUUCACUUGGAAAUUUGUUGCUUGAUAUGGGUGAAUUGGAGAAGGCGGAAAAAUAUUAUAACCGAUUGUUAAAUGAGCUGACAGUGGCUGAUCCUGAUAUUGCUGGCUGUUGCACAGGACUGGGUAAUGUACACCAGAACAAAGGUGAAUAUGAUUUAGCUUUGAUGAAUUAUGAAAAAACAUUGAAAAUCGAAUUAAAAGCUCUUCCACCCGAUCACCCUCUACUCGCCUCAACAUAUUACAAUAUGGGUAAUGUACAGGAUGACAAAGGUGAAUAUGAUUUAGCUUUGAUGAAUCAUGAAAAAGCAUUGAAAAUCCAAUUAAAAGCUCUUCCACCCGAUCACCCUCUACUCGCCUCAACAUAUUACAAUAUGGGUAAUGUACAGGAUGACAAAGGUGAAUAUGAUUUAGCUUUGAUGAAUUAUGAAAAAGCAUUGAAAAUCCAAUUAAAAGCUCUUCCACUCGAUCACCCUGAUAUCGCCGGAACAUAUUACAAUAUCGGUAUUGUACACCAGAACAAAGGCAAAUAUGAUUUGGCUUUGAUGAAUUAUGAAAAAGCAUUGAAAAUCCAAUUAAAAGCUCUUCCACCCGAUCACCCUCUACUCGCCUCAACAUAUUACAAUAUGGGUAAUGUACAGGAUGACAAAGGUGAAUAUGAUUUAGCUUUGAUGAAUUAUGAAAAAGCAUUGAAAAUCCAAUUAAAAGCUCUUCCACUCGAUCACCCUGAUAUCGCCGGAACAUAUUACAAUAUCGGUAUUGUACACCAGAACAAAGGCAAAUAUGAUUUGGCUUUGAUGAAUUAUGAAAAAGCAUUGAAAAUCCAAUUAAAAGCUCUUCCACCCGAUCACCCUGAUAUCGCCUCUUCAUACCGUAAUAUGGGGCUCGUGCACGAAGCAGCUCGUACUUGGCAAUCAGCAUUAGAAUGUCAUAACAGAGCAGCAGCGAUAAGACGAAAAUCACUUCCGACAACACAUCCACAGCUGGUAACCACUGAGAGCGACAUUCGCAGAGUGAAAGCCCAACUAAAGUAG